GGUGACCGCCAUAUUGAUCAUCACCAUCAUCAGCAUUGACGGACUCACGUGGCAGGAAGGAAUAGCAUAACUUUUCCGACAAAUUUUCCUCCCAGACUAUGAAUUAAUGGCUUCCCCGAGCUGCCAGGACGACGCGGACGGGGGCGAGGGCGAGGGCGAGUGCGUGGGCGCGGGACUGCCCCUCGUGGAGCACCUGAAGGCGUGGCUACUGCCCUCCUCGCAGCCACUCAGCCGCCCACUACGCCCACGCCAGCGGUCAACCCUCAUGGCGCAGCUGGAGAGUGCCGGGGUAGAGGUGUUUCUUGACGGCCAGCGACACCAAGACACUAUACUGGGGGUGUCCGCACUGGGGGCAGACCGGGAAGCUGUGGUGUUGCCCGGGCAGGAGGUGGGGGGUCGUGGGGGGCGGGGCCUCACCUGUGUUGCUGAUUACUACAGGGAGAUUUAUGGCACACACCUUCACUAUCCUACUCUCAACUGUGUCCUGCUGGGAAGAGGGGUGUGGGUGCCUAUUGAGCUGGUGAGAAUCAUUUCCCUCCCCAACAUGAAGGGUGCCAACCUCUACCAGGCCUCCCCCUCCCCUCCCCCACCCUCCACCACCACCAUUACUACCACCACCCCAGAUCCCCCCUUCUUUCCCUCCUUUCCUUCCACCACCACCACCACCACUGAAACACCCAGUAACUUUGUGGAGAGAAAAACUGAUGGUACUGCUUCUACUGCUGCUGCUACUGCUACAGGCUCUCCAUGUUUUGUUUGUCCAUUUCAAGAGGAGGUGUUUGAGGUGAAGCUAGGAAAGGUCACAGGGCCACACACACAGGACACAGUGGAGGAUAUUGUGCCAAAGGUCACAGUGAAACCCAUACCGGCCUCCACAUCUGUCCCUACACCUGCACUGCACACCUGGGGCCUGCACGUCUACCACAAGGGCCUCACGACCAGGGACAUGGGGCAGUUCCUCAUCCACCUGAAGGAGGAAGGGCGGCAGGAGGGAGUGGAGGUGGCCGGCCCCGUUCAGCUCCGGUUCCCUGCCUGCCAAGACCCGAUGGAGGAGAUGCAGCAGCUGGCCCACACUUAUCCAGGCCUGCAGAUGGUGAUGGCUGUGCUGAAUGAUAGAGUAAUGUAUGGCUGGGUGAGGUUGGUAGGGGAGCUGUGCCUGGGGGUGGUGACGCAGUGUGUGCCACCCACUGCCGUGCUGCAACCUUCGGCACCCACACUGCGGCCUCUCAUUCAGCACAUCAGGGCCAAGCUAGGGGGGGCCCACCUGCGCCUGCCUCGCAUUACUACUCUGCCUCAUGUGGCCCCGUCCCUCCUGGUGAUGGCCCUGCACCGCGCCACCCCCAGGGCCAGGGGGGUGCCGGCUGUGAUGGCGGUGGUGGCCCUGGGCAGCCUUCCAGCCGGCCAGUACCUAACAGAGGUUUACGCACAAGAUAAUGAUGAUGAUGAUGAUUCUUGCCUGGAGGAUGUGAUUUGCCGCAUCCUGCAAGCCCUGACGCACCAGUACAGGCGGCCAGUACCAGAACAAGUGGUGGUGUACAGGGAUGGUGAGGGCCAGAAGGAGCAGAGGGCCAGACGGGACGUAGCAACACUUACUACUGCCUGUACACGGUUUAUGGGGAGCUACAGGCCAGAGAUAACCUGUGUGUUUGUGUGUGGGUCGCCAGUAAGCUGGUUUGUGGCAGAGGACAUGGAGGGCCCCGUCACCCCCUGCUGUGUGGCAGAACAGCGGGCAACACAGCUCAGUGACACCAGCUUCAGCAUUAGUGUCUCUAGUGAUGGGCAGUCAUGGCAGCCGGCAGUGUACAGCAUUGUGGGUGACGGCAUGCCAAUAGGGGCCCUGCAGCAGCUGACCCUGGCCCUAUGUCACCUCCCUGGCACCCCCACGGCACUCCAGCCCCUCCCUACCCCUGUGACGUGUGCAAGACUGGCAGUGUUGAGGUGCCACCAACACAUCAGAACAUUGCAUGAUAACUGGAGGCAGCGAAAGUACAGAGACCUACAGAGAGACAUUAACAGCUUAGUGACGGUGGAUACAUUUAAUUGCAUCGCCCACCAACUCUACUAUCUCUGAGUGUCCCAAUGCGUCACUGUGGUGGUGUGUGGUGCUGUGUGGCCACUGUUUAUGUUCAGCCACCACCAGGAAAGAUGAAUGAAGUGAUUUUGUAAAUGCUUAAGGAUAAUAAUGAGUUAAAUGACUGAUUUUGUAAAGUCUUGGGGAAUAAUGGUGUUUAAUGAUGAGUACUGUAAGAAAUGGUGGUGGUGGUGAUGAUUUUGUGGCUUUGUAGUGAUGAAAAAUGAUGAUGAAAGUAAAUAUGUUGUAUGAAAUGACUUUGUAACUACCAUAAGGAAAAAUAAUGAUGAUAUGAUGAUUUUGUAGCUUCAUAAGGAAAUAUAGAGAUGAAAAAUGAUGAUAAUGAAAGUAAAGACAUUGAAUGAAAA